AGUCAGUUCGAUCGCGUCAUAUAAAUUAUAUGAACAAAUCAGCAAAUAACGAUUAUGCAGAUCAGAAAAAUGGCUCCCCGAACACGCACCGAAGAACCCCUGAACGGCAGACGUACUCGAGGUAUUAAAUCCUACCGAUGCCGAGUCUGCAAGGGAGUCCAUCCUCUACGGAAGUGUAGCAGGUUUCUGAAGCUGAACGCUGAGAAGCGGCUUCGUGCAGUCUAGGUAAAACAAGUAUUGCUCGAACUGUCUUGCCCACGACCACUCGAAAGCUGACUGUCAUAGUGGAAAAUGCAAGAAGUGCCGACGGAACCACCACACGCUGCUGCAUAUGCAUGAGCGGUCAAAUUCUGGGCAGCGUUUGCGCCGGCAAAAUCCGCCAAAUCGCCCGACGCCUGCGUCAAGGCAGCGCUCAGCCUCCCCUACACCAGCUCCGUCGCUUUCAUCGCUGCUACAACGUCACAGCGUCAACGUGCUUCCGACUGCUUCGGUGAUGGUGAAGACCGGAAGCAAGACUUUCGAGACCGCAGCUUUAAUCGACCCUUGCACACCAGUGAACUGCAUCGACGCUUCUCGAGCCGCCGCAUUUCGGUUGCCAACGACCAGUGUUGGUGACGACAAGGUGUGCAACGCGACGAUACAGUCCAAAUGCGGGACGACCAAGAUGGAGGUGGUGUUCAAAGUCGAGCCCAAGAAGUGCCGACGGAACCACCACACGCUGCUGCAUAUGCAUGAGCGGUCAAAUUCUGGGCAGCGUUUGCGCCGGCAAAAUCAGCCAAAUCGCCCGACGCCUGCGUCCAGGCAGCGCUCAGCCUCCCCUAUACCAGAUCCGUCGCUUUCAUCGCUGCUACAACGUCACAGCGUCAACGUCCUUCCGACUGCUUCGGUGAUGGUGAAGACCGGAAGCAAGACUUUCGAGACCGCAGCUUUAAUCGACCCUUGCACACCAGUGAGCUGCAUCGACGCUUCUCGAGCCGCCGCAUUUCGGUUGCCAACGACCAGUGUUGGUGACGACAAGGUGUGCAACGCGACGAUACAAUCCAAAUGCGGGACGACCAAAAUGGAGGUGGUGUUCAAAGUCGAGCCCAAGGUGGGCAUUCGCACACCGACUCGGACACUCAACGACGCCGUCCGUACCAAAUUUAAGGGCAUACAGCUCGCGGAUGAGCGGUUCUAUCUUCCCGCCACAAUUUCUGUCAUUCUUGGGGCGGACGUGUACCCCAAGGUGAUCCAGUGGGGGUUCCUGAUGGUCGACAAAGGACUGCCGGUCGCCCAGAAAACGGUUUUUGGGUGGAUCAUUUCCGGCGCCAGCCACCAACCUUAGAAGCCAUCUUCUUUUGCAACGCUAGUGAUUGCAUGGGGGGCGGAAUGUUCAGGCCACGGUAUUCCCGGCUUUCCGCUCUCCCCAUCUG